AUGAAAUUAUCAGUAAAAAAGUGCAAGUUUGGCACGAAUAAGGAUCAACUUAUUGGUUGGAAAAUUAAUGAGGGUAUAGAAAUUCCGGAAGAGAAAUUAAAAAGGUUGUAUUCAUUACCAGUUCCGUUGUCAAAAGAAGAAUUGAAAAGUACUUUAGCAAAGUUUCAAUUUAAGGCACAAUGUAUACCGGAAUAUUCUAAGUAUGCGGCUCCGUUACAUAAGUAUACGGGCACUGAAGAAUUUGAUGAAGAAAAAGUGAGAAUGCAAUUUCAAAAAUUAAAGGAGUAUAAAAAUGAAUGUGAAACUUUUUUCUUUAGAAGAAGAGAGGAUAUUGAAGUAAGGGAUUCUUUGGUUUUGGUAAAAGAUCGAAUUAUAGUGCCGGCUCAAGUUAUAAAGAAGGUGGCAAAAAAGUUGCAUGAAGGACAUAGAUCAGGAUCGGCUAUGAUAAAGGAAGCAAAAAGAUAUUUUUGGUUUGAAAAUAUGGAAAAUGUUUUAAUGAAGGAAUAUAGAAAAUGUGAUAAAUGA